AUGGCAAGAAUGAUUGCAGAAGCAGGAAUGAAUGGGAGCAGAGAAGGCUCAGAAUCUAACAGCAGCAGUGAUCCAACAACUCAGCCGAAGAAGCGUCUGAGAAGCGAUCAUACGACCUCUUUCAUGAGAUUCAAAGGGGUUGUGUUGCAGCAAAACGGGCACUGGGGAGCACAAAUUUACGCCAACCACCAGAGAAUCUGGCUUGGGACUUUCAAGUCAGAGAAAGAAGCAGGAAUGGCUUACGAUAGUGCAGCCAUCAAACUCCGAAGUGGAGAUUCCCACCGUAACUUUCCUUGGACUGACCUCACCGUUCAAGAGGUAAACUUUCAAGAUCUCCACACGACAGAGUCGGUCUUGAACAUGAUCAAGGAUGGAUCCUACCAGUCCAAAUUUACAGAAUAUUUGAGAACUAGAUCUUUGAAGAUGGAGAAUGACACCCGUCUGAGGGGAGGAACUGUACAAGGAGGAGGCAUUGUGUGUCAACAACUCUUUCAGAAGGAGCUGACACCAAGCGAUGUGGGGAAGCUAAACAGGCUUGUUAUCCCAAAGAAACAUGCAAUCAAAUACUUUCCUCAAGUUUCUGAAGUAAGCUCGGAGGAAGAAGAGGAAGGUAGUGGAGUGGAUGAUGUUCAGCUAGUUUUCUUUGACAGGUUGAUGAAGUCAUGGAAAUUCCGGUACUGCUAUUGGAAGAGUAGCCAGAGCUUUGUGUUUACAAGGGGUUGGAAUCGGUUUGUCAAGGAAAAGGAAUUGAAGGCAAAGGAUGUCAUCACCUUCUACAGGUGUGAAUACAGGGAAGAACACAAAGAGGAGAGGACUUUUUGCAUGAUUGAAGUAGGAUACAAUCGGGGUGAAAACAGUAAGGGUUUGGUUGAUGGGUUUCAUGGGCAGCUGAGUAUGAAUAUGGAGCUGCAACUCGGUUUACGACUUGAAUGUGCCGGCUCUGAUGAUCAGGAGAAGAUAUGGCAGGAAGAGAAAGUAUUGAUGGAAGUGCCACCACCAACAUCAAUACUACCACAGCCACCACAGCAGGAUACAAAGGGUAUUAGACUAUUUGGUGUACAAAUAUGUUAG